AUAUAUUUUCAGGUUCUAGUCUAUAUGUGUAUAGUAUGUUAUAUAUUUUCAGGUUCUAGGCUAUAUGUGUAUAGCUCUGGGCUAUAUGUGUAUAAUGUUAUAUAUUUUCAGGUUCUAGGCUAUAUGUGUAUAGUAUGUUAUAUAAUUUUAGGUUCUGGGCUAUAUGUGUAUAGUAUGUUAUAUAAUUUUAGGUUCUGGGCUAUAUGUUAUGUUAUAUAUUUUGAGGUUCUAGGCUAUAUGUGUAUAGUAUGUUAUAUAUUUUCAGGUUCUGGGCUAUAUGUGUAUGUUAUGUUAUGGGUUAACAGCUAUAUGUAG